AUGCCGAUCGUCAAUCCAGAAAAGCUAGUUGCUCUGCAACAAAAUGCGCCAGAUAUUAGAAAUAUAUGUAUAUUAGCACAUGUUGAUCAUGGAAAAACUUCUCUCUCAGAUGCCUUGAUUGCGACCAAUGGCAUCAUCUCCCCAAAACUCGCAGGUAAAAUACGAUACCUCGACUCUCGACCAGAUGAACAAACGCGCGGAAUUACUAUGGAAUCUUCUGCCAUUUCGUUAUACUUUUCCAUGUUGAGACGAAAUGCGCCAGAUGCUACACCCGAAAAGAAGGAAUACUUGAUCAAUUUGAUAGAUUCGCCAGGGCACAUCGAUUUCAGCAGUGAGGUAUCAACUGCCUCGCGAUUGUGCGAUGGAGCUGUUGUUUUAGUGGAUGCUGUAGAAGGAGUUUGCAGUCAGACUGUUACAGUUCUAAGGCAGACAUGGGUAGAACAUAUGAAGCCUCUAUUGGUAAUCAAUAAGAUGGACAGACUCAUUACAGAACUGAAAAUGACACCCGCGGAAGCAUAUACACAUUUGAGCAAAUUAUUGGAGCAAGUUAAUGCGGUGCUCGGAAGUUUUUUCCAAGGUGAGAGAAUGGAGGAAGAUCUAAACUGGAGAGAAAAGGUCGACGAGAGAAUUGCCGCUGCCGCUGCGAAAGAACAAGAAAAGACAGCAAAUGACGGAAGCACCUCGAUUGAUACCGAAGCUAUCAACGAAUUCCAAGAAAAGGAUGAUGAGGAUAUUUACUUUGCGCCAGAGAAAAAUAAUGUCAUAUUUAGCAGUGCCAUUGAUGGAUGGGCAUUCACGGUUAGACAAUUUGCCAGCUUAUAUGAGAAGAAGUUAGGAAUCAAGAGAACUGCAAUGGAGAAAGUCUUGUGGGGAGAUUUCUAUCUGGAUCCAAAGACCAAAAAAGUCCUCGGGCCAAAGCAUCUCAAGGGGCGAAAUUUAAAACCAUUAUUUGUCCAAUUAGUUUUGGAACAGGUAUGGGCUGUUUAUGCAGCAACAACGGGUGGUGAUAAUGGAAAGGGUGAUCCUGCCAUGACAGAGAAAAUAACAAAGUCAUUAAAUAUUACUUUACCCCCACAUGUUACACGUUCCCGCGAUCCACGAGCUAUUCUUACGACAUUGUUCUCGGCAUGGUUACCAUUAUCAACUGCUUUAUUAGUUUCCGUCAUUGAAUCUCUACCCGCUCCUCCGGUCGCCCAAGAAGGGAGACUACCAGCACUUAUUGACGAAUCUCCUGGUGCAUCGCAUGUGGAUCCUAAGGUUAGAGAAGCAAUGAUUAAAUUCAAGACUUCAAAAGAAGAGCCAGUUGUAGCUUAUGUAAGUAAGAUGGUUUCGAUACCAGAGAGCGAACUACCCGAGAAUAAGCGACGAGGAGGUGCCCUGAGUCCCGAGGAAGCUCUGGAGAUGGGUCGACGGAAGCGAGCAGAGAUUGCAAGACAGCAGGCUUUGGAAGAAACCUCAACAUCUGUUGAUGGAGUAUCUGAUGCGCUUGGAGCAGUAAGCCUCGAAGAGCCCGCUGAAGAAGAGAAGAAAACAGAUCCAGAACAUCUGAUAGGAUUCGCACGAAUUUAUUCAGGGACUCUGUCUGUAGGGGAUUCUGUUUAUGUGCUACCGCCAAAGUUCUCACCUGCAAAUCCACACAAUAGUCCUGAACCACAAAAGGUCACAGUCACUGCUUUAUACUUAUUGAUGGGUCGUGGAUUAGAGCCACUUACUUCCGUUCCAGCAGGUGUUGUAUUUGGUAUUGGAGGGCUUGAAGGACAUAUCCUCAAAUCCGGAACCCUCUGCAGUCAAUUGGAGGGUAGUGUCAAUCUCGCAGGAGUUAACAUGGGCUCUCAACCUAUCGUUCGUGUCGCUUUAGAGCCAGCUUGGCCUGGAGAUCUCGACAAGAUGAUUCGAGGUCUCAAGUUACUCGUUCAAAGCGAUCCUUGUGCUGAGUACGAACAAUUCGCAAGCGGCGAACAUGUUCUACUCACAGCAGGAGAAUUGCAUUUAGAGCGUUGUUUGACAGAUCUUCGUGAAAGAUUUGCUGGGUGCGAUAUUCAAGCAGGAGAGCCGAUUGUACCAUAUCGAGAAACUAUUGUCAAAGCCGAAGAUAUGAAACCUCCAGCAGACAAGGAGCUAGGAAGAGGUACCGUUGUAUUGUCAACGACAUCGAAGCAAAUCACAAUUAGGUUACGUGUAAGACCUCUUCCAGUUGAGGUCACCGAAUUCCUGGGUAAAAAUGCUGGAGCUAUUAAGAGACUUUAUUCCGAUCGUCAAGCAGAGGAGAAGAGCAAGAAGACUGGUGAUGACUCUAUACACGAGUCAGCCGAUCAGGAAGAGGUUGAUGAAGUAUUGGGUGGCGAGAAAGUUCUGUCAUUGAAUGAGUUCAAAGAAGAACUUCAAAAGACUUUCGAAGGGGUAAAAGGUCAAAAGGAUAUAUGGGCUUCAGCAGUAGAUCAAAUUACUGCUUUCGGUCCACGAAGAACUGGACCCAAUCUUCUAAUUGAUUCAACCGCAGAGGGAAUUCUUGGCAAAUUCCUCCGUGAAGACACCACUGCUGAUUCUCAAGAAUCAGCAACUCAAACCCCGGCUCUCCAAGCCCGUUCCUUUUCUGACAAGAUUAGUUAUGCUUUCCAACUCGCCACUGCCCAAGGACCUCUAUGCAAUGAACCUAUCCAAGGUAUCGCUGUUUUCCUCGAAGAGGUCACCAUUGCUCCUUCCACCGACGAAGAAUCAUCCACUCGUGAUAACUUUGGUAGAUUGACUGGUGAAGUGAUCAAAACGGUUCAACAAGCUAUCAAACAAGGUUUCUUGGAUUGGUCCCCGAGACUCAUGCUUGCCAUGUACUCUUGUGAAAUCCAGGCUAGUACCGAAGUCCUCGGUCGCGUCUACGACGUGCUCACCCGUCGUCGCGGACACAUUCUUUCCGAAUCUCUCAAAGAAGGUACCCCCUUCUUUACCAUCGUAUCGCUUCUUCCCGUGGCCCUCUCCUUCGGUUUCUCAGAUGAAAUCCGCAAGAGAACAUCUGGAGCAGCUAGUCCGCAGCUCAUAUUCCAAGGUUACGAGGUACUAGAUGAAGAUCCUUUCUGGACACCAUUUACGGAGGAUGAUUUGGAGGAUUUGGGAGAAUUGGCGGAUAAGGAGAAUGUGGCGAAGAAAUAUAUGGACGGGGUGAGGAAGAGGAAGGGAUUGAGGGUUGAGGGCGAGAAAUUGGUUAGGGAUGCGGAGAAGCAGAAGACGUUGAAGAGAUAG